CGCCCCCGCCCCCGCCCCCGCGGGCUCCGGCGGGGCCGCCGCUCUCCCGGCCCGGGGACAGGUGCGCAGAGCGCGCGCAGCUGGCGGGCGGCCGCGAGCGGCACAUGGAGAGCGAGCGCGACAUGUACCGCCAGUUCCAGGACUGGUGCCUCAGGACGUACGGGGACUCGGGCAAGACCAAGACGGUGACCCGCAGGAAAUACGAGCGCAUCGUCCAGCUCCUCAACGGCUCCGAGUCCAGCUCCACGGACAACGCCAAAUUUAAGUUCUGGGUCAAGUCCAAGGGCUUCCAGCUGGGCCCGCCGGACGAGGGCCGCGGGGGCGGUGCCAGGCCGCUGCUGUACGUGCCGGUCAAGACCGCGGAUGGUGUAGGGGUAGAUGAAAAGCUCUCUUUGCGGCGGGUAGCUGUGGUUGAAGAUUUCUUUGACAUUAUCUAUUCGAUGCACGUGGAAACAGGACCGAAUGGAGAACAAAUUCGGAAACAUGCGGGACAAAAGAGAACUUACAAAGCAAUUUCAGAGAGCUAUGCCUUCCUCCCAAGAGAAGCGGUGACACGAUUUCUAAUGAGCUGCUCAGAGUGCCAGAAAAGAAUGCAUUUAAACCCAGAUGGAACAGAUCACAAAGAUAACGGGAAGCCCGCUGUGCUAGCGCCCAGCGUGAUCGACUACAACAUGCCCAUCACCAUGGCCUACAUGAAGCACAUGAAGCUGCGGCUGCUCGGCUCCCGGCGAGACGAGGAUGAAAGUUCAAUAGAAAGUGAUGAAUUCGAUAUGAGUGAUUCAACACGAAUGUCAGCUGUGAACUCUGACCUCAGCUCCAAUCUCGAGGAACGGAUUCAGAGUCCCCAGGCUCUCCCCGGCCAGCAAGAUGAUGAUUCUGCUGCUGAGAGCUUCAAUGGCAAUGAGACUCUGGGGUACAGCUCAGUGGCUUCAGGGGGAGCACACGGCAGGGAGAUGGGUGACCCCGCCGGAGACGGCACAGCUGGGCUGGAGCAGGAGGAGCAGCCCCUGAACCUGAGCGACAGUCCCCUCUCAGCACAGCUGACUUCAGAAUACAGAACAGAUGACCACAGCAGUCAUGGGAAAAACAAAUAUAAGAAUCUGCUAAUUUCUGACCUCAAGAUGGAACAAGAGGCGAGAGAAAAUGGAAGCAAGUCUCCAGCACACAGCUCCUCGAGCUACGACUCAGGCAGGAACGAGGGCGCGGACCGCGGAGCCGAGGACCCCUCUCUGCCCCGGGGCGCAGAGGACGAGGAGGACCAUGCUGGCGCUGAGGGUGCCACCCAGACGGACGGCGUGGAGGCCGAGCGGCUGAAGGCCUUCAAUAUGUUUGUCAGGCUGUUUGUAGAUGAAAACUUGGACCGAAUGGUCCCAAUCUCUAAGCAGCCCAAAGAAAAGAUCCAGGCUAUCAUUGACUCAUGCAGGCGGCAGUUCCCUGAGUACCAGGAGCGCGCCAGAAAGCGCAUUCGGACUUACCUCAAGUCCUGCAGGCGGAUGAAACGAAGUGGUUUUGAGAUGUCUCGACCUAUUCCCUCCCACCUCACUUCAGCAGUCGCAGAGAGCAUCUUGGCUUCAGCCUGUGAGAGUGAGAGCAGAAAUGCUGCCAAGAGGGUGCGCCUGGACAGACCGCAGGACGAGUCUGCACCAGCCGACAAGCCAUGCAAACCGGAGGCGGCGCCGGCCACGUGCUCACCCGCAGCAGCGUCGGGCCCACAGGAGGUGCUGUACAUCAACGGGAACGGGACCUACAGCCACCACAGUUACCGAGGGCUGGGAGGGGGCCUGCUGAGUCUGAACGACGCCUCCAGUAGCGGUGAGUCUCCGUUCUGCUUCGUGCUUUUUGUGUCCAUUUGA